AUGCAUUUCCAAGAUAUUGCAUUCGCUCUCUUUGUAACUGGAGCAUUCGCUGCACCAGCUGCGUUAAAAUCUAGAGAUGCAUGCUCUGAUGCCUGCAACACUGAGUACAACACCUGUCGAAGUGCUCCAGGUGCGAACCGAUCCACUUGUGCUUCCAACUAUGCAUCAUGUCUUGGAUAUUCCCCGUAUGAUAGCAAUGGAUCACUCGUCACCCCAACUGCUUGCUCCUCGUCAGUAGCAUCAACUACAGCUUCAUCCACUACAUCAUCCGCCACAGCUGAUGCUUGCGUAUCCCAAUGUAACGCAUCAUACAACACCUGUCGAAGUGCUCCAGGUGCAAACCAAUCCACUUGUGCUUCCAACUACGCAUCAUGCCUCGGAUAUUCCCCAUAUGAUAGUAAUGGAUCACUUGUCACCCCAACUGCUUGCUCUUCAGUAGCAUCAUCAACCACUAUUCAAGCUACUUCGUCUGCUACAAGUGACGCUUGUGUAUCUAAAUGCAACGACUCAUACAACUCAUGUCGAUCUGCUCCAGAUGCUAACAGAGCUACAUGUGCAUCUGAAUAUGCCACAUGUCUUGGAUAUUUACCUUUUGACAACAGCGGAUCCCUCGUCACUCCUACCGCAUGCUCAAGCGGCGCCGUUUCUACAACAAAUGCACCAAGUUCCACACAAGCCCCUCAGGCUUCCGGGACCCCUUCUCCAGAUCAAACUUCAAUUGUUGAGGGUGUCGAAUGGACUAUCAAGCAAUUGAUCAGAUACUGUUCCGAAGAUGGAUCUGGAUGCGAUUACAACUUUGCCAUCUCCUACAACGAUGAGCGACCUGAUGAGAGAUGUACCGUCAUUCGUAUGCCAGGAAGUGGUGCUACUACCGAGUCUUGGUAUGAAAUUCCAUGUACUACAGGAUCUGUAAACACCAUCUCUUGGGGAGUAUCCGACCAAUUUGGUGCUGAAAAUGCAUUUGCGGUUUUGACUGUCACCAACAACGAAGAAAAGACAAAUGCCUAUUUCGGUGUCGCGAACGUGAACGGAAACCCAGUCACUCCUUCAAGUCCAGCUGGAUCCGGUAAUUUUGGAGACAUUGGUCCUGAGCCAGUUUAUGUCUUCUAA